AUGUUGGUUGGAAUGCUUGGAUUUGUUGGAUUUUUCUUUUUUUCUUCAGUGAUUUUUCACCGAGCAGACUACUUAGAUGGAGGAACUUGGCAUUCGUCAUUCAUUGUGGACGAACGUGAAUGGGAGCUGGAAGCUGGAAGCAGCUUUGCACGGCAUAAAUUUUGCGAUAUUACCGAGACGAGACGCUGGAUCAGUUUUUUGUUGAAGUGGACGGCCUUAUUUUCAUCGCGGAAACAGGUCAUUUCACGUCAUAAAAGAAUAACACCACCGCGAUGGUGGCAAUCAGCAUUAUCAUUUCGUACGGAAUACCGACUAAUGGGCUUUGAGCCAAGUCUCUGCCUCGUGAUGGAUGAUGGGCGAGCGAUCGGGACGAGAACCAACCACUUAACGUUCCGGUUGAAAUUGCUGAACAAACCGGCUGAACUAAAAGAACCAAAUUGA